AUCUACACCAAGACACACACAUCGACGAAUCAGCGACUAGCUACAAACCGCAAGUAGGGAACUAGGGUAGAUUGUAAGUGAAUAAAGUUUAGUUCUGUAUUAACAUCAAGAGAAGAAAGUUAUAAUUUGCAAAGUGGCGCCCACGGGCUAGGAACUAACUAACCUGGAAAUUCCCGCUACAGCAAGGAUACUAACUGGAAGGACACAAGACAGCCAGCAGUAACAGGAUAUUAACUGGAAGGACACAAGACAGCAAGCAGUAACAGGAUAUUGACUGGAAGGACACAAGGAGAACCUGCUUUAAUACUAUACUACAAUGCAAAUACUACUAAUCUAUCCUGUGGUCCAUAAUAAUAGUAUUGUUAAGCUAGAGACCACGCUUGCGGCAAAAUGUAGCGAUAAAUUUCAACCACUCGACAACUGCAAUGACGCUCUUGUGGCUAAAGUGUGCAAACCGGCUCACUCAAAUUGCUUAAAUCAGGUGCUAAACAAUAACACAGCGACUUGCUCAUCAGAAUCAGCGUAUCAUAUACCACCAGUUCAAAAAAUAGACGAAGGCAUUAUCAUUCUUAAUAACGUGCCACCAACAACAAUACUUGAUCAACGAAAAUUGGAAAUUAAAGGAACGUAUUUGCUUCUUUUUCGAGAUUCCAUCACUAUAAAUGAUACAACCUACGUGGCAAAAAAGGAACCAAUUUAUAUCCAACCACAUCCUCCAAAGACGGUAUCGAUUAACUACUUGGAACACCAUACAAGUUUGUCCUUACCGUAUUUGCAUAAAAUUUACGUCGAUAAUGUUUCUCACAUUCAAGAGCUGAAAGAGGGCCUAUCUCUUCAUCGUACUUUCUUGUGGACAAUUUUUUCUUUUCCUCCAUUACUAAUCAUCGCAACAGCAAUUCUUUUCCUAUACCGCAGAAAAAAAUCGACAAUUAAUAAAGCAAAAACUCAGAGGGCAGUGGAGGAAAUUUUGGCGCAAGUCGAGGGCGACUCGUCUUAAGAGGGGGAGAAGUUAGCAUAUUUCACAGCUGCAAAGCUAAAACAGCGGUUUGAUGAUUCCUUAGAAUCACUCCCGCGCCUGCAUAGCUUCUUGGAUAUUUGUAAACAGACUUCACAGCUGCCAAGCUGAUCGACAAUUCUUCAGAAUCACUCCCACGCUUGUC